AUGCAGCAGCAGAUACCAACAAUCAAGAUUGCAACCAAAGGACAAAAGUAUUAUAUAAACGGGUCGGUAGAUUUACUAGGCUUAAAGCAACAGCAACAAAAUAAUAACAAUCAAAACGAUAUGGUUACAGAAGAAAUGGAAGAGCAGUGGAGACAGGAGGAGCGCAUCCACGAUAACGAAAGAUGCACAAGUGCCGCAGGAAAUCUAGAUACGGAAAAGCAGCGAUGGCUGCAAGAAUUACCACUAAGAAACCCCUUCAGCUCACUUACGGAAGAAAUAGACGACGACCCAGCAACCAAAAACACAACUAAAUCAACACUACAAACCACCACCAAUAUUUGUCGAGAACAAGUAAAAAUACAAACAAACACCACAGAAAGUUAUAGGAAAGUGAUAAAAGAAUUAAGAGAAAAGAAUGCUAUAUACCACACGUACCAGCUCAAAACGGAAAGGAGCUACAAAGUAAUUAUAAGAGGACUACACCCAAAAACUAACACAAAAAAACUAAGUGACGAAUUAGCAAAAAUUGGCCACCAAACAAGAACUAUAAACAAUAUGACAAGGUACGAUACGAAGCAACCAUUACCACUAUUCUUAAUAGAACUGGAACUCAGAUCCAACAACAAGGAUAUCUUUAAUAUCAAAAAAACACUAAACACAAUAGUAACAGUGGAACCACCACGCUACAAAAAAGAUAUACCACAAUGCAUGCGGUGCCAACAAUACGGCCAUACAAAAAAUUAUUGUAACAAAAGCCCGGCAUGUGUUAAAUGUACAAAAAAUCACUUAACAAUACACUGCCCAUACACAAGAAAAAUAGAAGAAGUUAGAUGUUAUAAUUGUAACGGAAACCACCCAGCCAGUAUCUUUAAUAUCAAAAAAACACUAAACACAAUAGUAACAGUGGAACCACCACGCUACAAAAAAGAUAUACCACAAUGCAUGCGGUGCCAACAAUACGGCCAUACAAAAAAUUAUUGUAACAAAAGCCCGGCAUGUGUUAAAUGUACAAAAAAUCACUUAACAAUACACUGCCCAUACACAAGAAAAAUAGAAGAAGUUAGAUGUUAUAAUUGUAACGGAAACCACCCAGCCAGCUAUGAAGGAUGUGAAAUCAGGAAACAACUACAACGUAAACUGUUUCCAGCACUUCGCAAUAGAUCAGUCGAUAACCACCAACAACGACAAAGUACAACGGAUAACGAAGCAACAUUGAAAGCACAAAAUGAAAUAAAAACUAUAAACAGAAACACAGAUCCCAAGGAAACCGAAGCUACGCGCAAGCAACCCAAAACAUUAGACAAGCAACACCCAUAA